CACGCCCCCAGGAGGCCUAGCACGCCUACUAGUUACUACUAGUAGGCCGCGCCUACUACUAGUACUAGGCUACUAUAAUACAAGGAGCGAGGCAUGAUACGAAUGCAAGCUCGAUUUCCUAAAAAUUGGCUGUCACCAGUACCAUUUAUACGGCUGACCGUUUGUGAUAUUUCCUCAUUUUCCUGUGUGAAAAUGUCGAGAAUACAAACCUGGACAGAAGGAUGGGCAGAGGGCAGGACUUCAUUUCACGGGACAAAUGUUCACAAGUCACUGCUGGAGUUCCAGAGCAAACUUUUGGUGAAGAAGCCAAGUCGAGUGUUGGUGCCAUUGUGUGGAAAAACAUUGGAUAUGAGAUGGCUUGCUGAAGAAGGUCAUGAGGUGGUUGGCGUAGAGGGCGUGAUCCAGGCUGUCAUGGAAUUCUUUGAAGAACAAGAGCUCCCCUACAAAGAGAGUGAUGUCCCUGGGAUCAAGGGUGCAAAACUUUUUGAGAAUGAGGACAAGAAGAUCAAAAUAUACCUGUGUGACUUCUUCCAAUUCUCUAAAGAUAUUGCAGGUCAGUUUGAUGCAAUUUGGGACAGAGCUUCUCUAGUUGCUAUUGAUCCUCCAUUACGACAGCAGUACACAGACGUCCUUUUGUCAGUACUAUCUCCAGGUGGACGAAUUCUAAUUGAGGUGUAUGAGUACAACCCAGAAGAAAGGAAACAAAAAGGUACUCCCCACUUUGUACCUGAGGAAGUUAUACAGAAGUUAUAUGGAGAAAGAUUUUCCAUCCAGCUUUUGGCAACUGAAGAUAUCUUGGAGCAAAACAAGUUUUUCAAAGAAGUUGGACUAACAUGGAUAAAGCAAAAGAUUCGCAUCAUGACCCCCCAGUAACUUCAUCAUCUCAUUCCAUGAUUCACUGACUGAACCAGAGAGUAAAUCUGGAAACAUUGUCUGAAAUAUGAUUCCUGUUAUAUUAUUGAUAUUAUCAAUUAUGUUUUUGGGUUGUCUGUCCGUCCAUCCGUACGUACAUCCCGAUCUCGUGAUUGCGUUAUCUCAAGAACCGAUUGAUGGAUUCCCGCCAAACUUGGGUCAUGUAUUGAUCUUGCAGAGCCAAUGAACUGAUUAGAUUUUAGGGUCAC